UACAAAAUGGUGGUGCGACCCUACGUUGAAGAGCUGAAAUACCUGGAAAAGGUUAGCGAUUGCUGUUGGCGUAUUAAGAAGGGAUUCCAACCCAAUAUGAAUGUGGAAGGCUGUUUCUAUGUCAAUGAUCGGCUGGAAAAGUUGAUGUUGGAAGAGUUGAAAAAUUCCUGUCGUCCGGGAGCGGUUGGUGGUUUUUUACCUGGCGUUAAGCAAAUUGCAAAUGUUGCUGCCCUGCCUGGUAUUGUGGGACGUUCGAUUGGUCUGCCUGAUAUUCAUUCCGGUUAUGGUUUUGCCAUUGGUAAUAUGGCUGCUUUUGAUAUGGAUGAUCCCAAUUCCAUUGUUAGCCCUGGUGGUGUCGGCUUCGAUAUCAAUUGUGGUGUGCGUUUACUGAGAACGAAUCUCUUUGAAAAGGAUGUCCAACCGGUGAAGGAACAAUUGGCUCAAAGUUUAUUUGAUCACAUUCCUGUUGGUGUCGGCUCCAAGGGUAUUAUACCCAUGAAUGCUCAUGAUUUGGAGGAAGCUCUGGAAAUGGGUAUGGAUUGGAGUUUACGUGAGGGAUACGUUUGGGCUGAAGAUAAGGAACAUUGUGAGGAAUAUGGUCGCAUGUUAAAUGCCGAUCCCUCCAAGGUCAGUUUAAGAGCCAAGAAACGUGGUCUACCCCAACUGGGAACCCUUGGUGCUGGUAAUCACUACGCCGAAAUACAAAUUGUCGAUGAAAUCUAUGAUAAAUGGAGUGCCUCCAAAAUGGGUAUUGAAGAAAAGGGCCAAGUGUGUGUUAUGAUCCAUUCUGGAUCUCGUGGUUUUGGUCAUCAAGUUGCCACCGAUGCUUUGGUGCAAAUGGAAAAAGCCAUGAAGAGAGACAACAUCCUAACCAAUGAUCGCCAGCUGGCCUGUGCUCGUAUCAACUCCCAGGAAGGUCAAGAUUAUCUCAAAGCCAUGGCUGCUGCAGCCAAUUUUGCCUGGGUCAAUCGCAGUUCGAUGACAUUCUUAACCCGCCAAGCCUUUGCCAAACAAUUCCAGACAACGCCCGAUGAUUUGGAUAUGCAUGUUAUCUAUGAUGUCUCACACAACAUCGCGAAAAUUGAAAAUCACAUUGUCGAUGGCAAGGAAAAGAAAUUGUUGGUACAUCGUAAAGGUUCCACACGUGCUUUCCCUCCCCAUCAUCCUCUCAUUCCAGUGGAUUAUCAGCUAACCGGCCAACCCGUUUUGGUUGGUGGUACUAUGGGCACAUGUUCCUAUGUCUUAACUGGUACCGAAAAAGGUAUGCAAGAGACAUUCGGUUCCACAUGCCAUGGUGCCGGUCGUGCCUUGUCUCGUGCCAAAUCAAGACGUAAUCUCGAUUAUAAAGAUGUUUUGGAAAAGUUGGAAGAUUUGGGUAUUGCCAUUCGUGUGGCCUCACCCAAAUUGGUAAUGGAAGAAGCUCCGGAAUCAUACAAAGAUGUAACAGAUGUUGUGGAUACCUGUCAUGCUGCCGGUAUUAGUAAGAAAUGUAUUAAAUUAAGACCCAUUGCUGUUAUUAAAGGCUGAAGCGUGUGGA